AUGCUGUGCGCCAUGGGAUUUGUAACUUCUAUCACCACAUCGAUCAUUACUGCAGCUUCUGAUGAGCUAAUGGAAGAGUUUGACAUCUCAUUGACCGUCUCUUUUCUGCCACUAUCUCUAUAUGUCAUUGCUCUUGGUUUUGGUCCUAUUCUAGGUGGCCCCUCAUCGGAGUCGCUUGGCCGCUACCCUGUUUACGCGACUAUCCUACCGCUCGGUACCCUUUUUACGCUUGGAUGCGGUUUUGUCCACAACUUUGGCGGAUUGUGCUUUUUGCAUUUUAUGACUGGAUUUUCUUGGGGUCCAUCUCUGGCCCUUGCGUCGGGCUCCAUCUCUGAAACAUUGCCACCAAGAACAAGAGGCCCUGCAUCUGCGCUGUUUAUCCUCACACCUUUUUUGGGUCCUGGAUUAGGACCAGUUAUUGGAUCAUUUGUAGCGAAUCGCAAGGGCUGGCGGUGGACACAGUGGACUAUGAUCUUCUCCGCCAUUUUUACAAUGAUCUUAGCCCUCUUUACAGAAGAGACCUACCAUGCGAAGAUUAAGCAGCGCAUCUCAAGGGAGAAAGGCACAGAGGCUUCUCCUUCGGUCCCCUUCUCUACCAGGCUCAGGUUGUUCAUUCAGGUCUCUCUGAUUCGCCCAGUUAUGAUGCUUUUCACAGACCCCAUCAUCACGUUUCUUUGCCUGUACGUUGCUGUUAACUUUGGCAUCGAAUUCAGCUUUUUCGCUGCUGUGCCAUAUGUCUUCGGCACAGCUUAUCACUUUGGAGUCGAAGAGACCGGUUUAGGAAUCGUCAUAGGUUGUAUACUUAGGUUCAUUACUAUCAUCGUCUGCGACAUUUUCAUCUACCAGAAGAAAAUCUCUUUAUAUCCACCCCAUAAGGUUCCUCCCGAACACCGGCUCUACCCUGCUAUGAUUGGCAGUAUAGGAGGUCCAAUUGGUCUGUUUUGGUUCGCCUGGACGGCACGAGAGGAUAUUUAUUGGGCUAGCCCUGCUGCUGCCAUCAUCCCUUUCGUCUGGGGAAACCUCUGUAUUAUUGUGGCCGCACUGCAAUAUAUUGGGGAUACAUAUGCAGGCAACAUUGUUGCCAGCGGUGCUGCUGCCAACAGCCUGGCUUGUUAUGGACUGGCAGCUGGAUUUCCUCUUUUUUCAGUUCCGAUGUUUCAAAAUCUGUGA